CCACUCUGUUCUGAUUCUCUUUGCACAGCGUGACACCGCGCACCGCCAUCUCUGCUGCUGCUGUCGCUGCCUCCCUCUCCCUCUCUCCCCUCUCGCGACGCUGAGCCCCAGCCAGCAGCAGCAGCAUCAUGGCUGACAAGGCGUGCACUGUGCGCACUCGCAAGUUCAUGACCAACAGGCUGCUCGCCAGGAAGCAGUUCAUCAUUGAUGUGCUACACCCCGGUCGUGCUAAUGUCUCCAAGGCUGAGCUGAAAGAGAAGCUUGCUAAGGUGUAUGAGGUUCGGGAUCCUCAGACCAUCUUCGUGUUCGGAUUCAGGACCCAAUUUGGAGGUGGCAAGUCCACUGGAUUUGGCCUCAUCUAUGACUCUGUCGACUCUGCCAAAAAAUACGAGCCUAAGUACAGGCUUAUUAGGAAUGGACUGGCGACCAAGGUUGAGAAGUCCAGGAAGCAAAUUAAGGAGCGCAAGAACCGUUCCAAGAAGAUCAGGGGUGUGAAGAAGACUAAGGCCGCUGGUGACGCUAAGAAGAAAAAGUAGAUGUGACAUAGUUUCCUUCGCAUGAUGUAACCAUGGACUCUACUCCUGCUAGGUUUUGAGAUGACAGACAAGAUUAUAUGAAAUUUUUUCCGUCUAUUGGAUAAAUCCUUCGUGUAGGGGCUUUUGUUCGAACUGCUGCGGGUGUUACUGUUCGUCAUGAGUACUUAUGCUUAGCGGAUCUCUUUCGAAA